AUCGGGUCCGCCGUCAGGCUGAGGAAUAGUGGGAGCGAAAAGCAGCGACCAGCGCGUAAUUAUAUAUCCCCCAAAUAAGCUAUUCUCUUGAAGAAUGCGUAUAAUAAUUAGCUGAUUCGUUUUGUAGAAAACUGCAAUUAGGCAGAUCAUGUAGUCAAAUUAUUUCCGCCGUAUUGCAUGUUUCAGAUUCUGAUAUAUAAGCCGUAAGAAAGGUAUUUUAGUGAGGUCCGGGGUUUGAAUCAAUCUAUCGUUUUGGGGUUCACGAAUAAGCUAAUAAUAAACCCUGUUAACCCACAGCAAUAAUGUUGAUCGCGUCCAGCAGGCAAUCACACUCGUGCGAAUCGCGAACAAACGAGAGACAGGAACGUAGCUUCGCGAUCGGUUAAUUCUCUCGUUUACCGACGUCGUCUUCUUAUAAGCAAGUAACUCCUGCAACAUCUUUGAUUACGCAAAAACAGAAAUAUAACUUAGCAGCUCAUCACUCCGCUAGGAAUUGAAAACAUACUCUUCAUAUUGGAAGAUAUUUACGUUAUUCAAACAAUUGCAUUUGAAGCGACUGAUAUUUCUAUUCCAUUGUCACUAUUUUUUAACAAUGGCCACAGAAGUGAUCACACCUACCGCCAGUCCUACAAUUGAUUAUACAAAAGGGGAAGAUCAUGAUAAUUCCGGUAUAAUCGUUUCAGAGGAAAGGGCAUCAAUUGUGGAGAGUCAAUCCCCUGAAAACUGGACCAGGCAUAAUGCUGACCCUAAAGUUCCGUCAGGUCAAAAUCAGCAAAAAAAGCAUCAUCAUCGAAGAAAACCCUCGAAAAAGAAAAGAAAAUGGAAGCCAUAUUCAAAAAUGACUUGGGAGGAGAGAAAAGCCCUCGAAGAAAAAGAGAAAUCCAAAGCUGUAAGAAUUAGAGAGGAAAUGAAAGAAAAAGGUCGUCCUGUGGCACCAUACAACACAACUCAAUUUCUGAUGGAGGAGCAUGAUCCAUAUGACAACAGUUCGUUUGAACCUUCUGGUUACAAUAACUCCAGUGUCACUGGAACUGAAGAUGGUGAAUCUUAUAGCGAUGAUCAAGAUGAUAUGAAUGGAAGUCUGGUUUCAAAAGAAGAUGAUGAUAAUGAUGCUGAAGGUGAUGAAACAAUUGAAGGUUAUACUGAUUCACCUCACAUGGUUCCAGAAUUUAUUUCACAGGAUUUCAGUGAGACAUACGAAAGAGUUCAUGAAGAAAAUUUACAAACAAUGUCCAGAGAUGAGUUGUUGUCUGAACAUAUGGAUUUAGAAAAGAAAUUCAAUAUAUUACAGGAGCAACUGGCCAAACGAUCGAGUAAAAUUCGUGCCCUCGAGGCAAAGAUAAAAGAAGUGGAACGAGAGAAUGAAAAAUUGAAUUCUGCCAAUGAAAGCUUAGUAAGUGAGAAUGAGAUUCUCAAAGGAAUAUCUUCUAAACCCGAGUCCAGAAUGUCAACGUCUGAUACAGAAGAAAAUGGUUCAAAAGACACCAAAAAGCUUGAAGCUCCUUUCGACGGUGAAGUUAUGGAGCGAAGUUGAAAAUUUAGAGGAAUCGCGAUCCUCUUAAGCAACCGACAGGUCGUUCGCAUUGCGCAGCAGAAAUGAUCUGCUAGUCAGCAUCAGUUCCACAGCUCAUCGUUGACUGCUCUGCUGCCUAUCUACAAUGUGACAGUCUUACCAAACUUGAAAUGAAGUUGAAGGAUACCAGGCAGAGGCAAUGCGAAAGUUCUGUCAUCAGUUUUAUAUACAAGGAAAGAGACAUGUUCAGCAGAUUGAAGUCUGAAAAUUCUCUGAUCUACAAGAAACUAGCAGGAACUUUUAAUGUGACCACGGAUCUCAGAUCUUGUUCUUUAAUAUCACUUUUCCCGGAUUGUCCAUCUAACUACAGAUGUUUUAAUAUGAAUUUAAGUUAGGCCUAAAUAUUUUUCAACAACUGCCUUUUGUGGUAUUCAUUUUUGGCUAUACUAUUUGAUAUUCUAUAUUUCUGGUGAAGUAAUACCACAACUAGUGUUAGAUAAAUUUUUGAUGUCUAAGUGUAUUUCAGGCAUUGCAUUUUAACUAAAUUGGACUAAUACCAGAAGUAGUCAUGACCAAAGACUAUGUUAGAGGAUUUGUUUUGAAUUAAAAUUGACCCUGCACCUUGGUUAACACGGAGAGUGUAGGAUCUCAAGGUGAACUGUUUAUUCAGUAAAGAUCAGACUAUUCUGUCUGGAUAAUGGCUUGCCUGCAGUUGAUUGGUCAACAUAUUCGUCAUAAUUCCAGUGCAAUUUUUUAAUUAGGAUUGAAAAUUUGCCAAUCUGACAUACACGUCGCUUACCUUGAAAAAUCAUUUCUAUUUCAGUUUGUUAAUUACAACUCAGCUUAUUCUGUCUCGUUGUUAUAAUGCAUUUUUCAAAUCGUAUAAUAGUCUAGUCAUUUUUUUAAUUAAAAUGAACUGAAGAAGUUA